AUGUUUGACUCAUAUCUCUGUAUAAUUUCUUUAAAAUUUCAUCAUAAUCAUCCUCUCACAUCAGGCCAUGUAACAAGCUUUCGUCCUAUUUCUAAUGAGACAAAAGAAGUAUUUUUUAGGCUUUUUCAUGCUGGUUACAAUCUCAGUAGUGCUUAUCAUUCGUAUAUGGAGGAGAUACAGUUAAACUAUGAUAAUGAUGAAGCUAUUCUUGCUGAUAGAGCAAUUUCGGAAGAAGUUGAAGAAUUUAAUUCUAAUAGAAAAAGAAAUGCUUUAAUGCAACCAUAUAUUGCAUCUACAAAUACUGACCCUAGGCAACCAUUUGUUUUAGUUAUUCAAGCUGGCGAAUUAGUUUACAUAGAUAGUACAGCAGACCUUGAUGUACUUAACACCUCAAUGACAAUCCUCUCAACAAGCACACCUAUCGGUAGCUUGCCUCUUGCAAUAAUACUUACUUCUGAUGAAACAACUAAUACUUUUACAAAAGCCUUAGAUAUGCUAAAGUGUGUUAUGCCAAUAUUAGCUUUUAAUGGACGUGGGCCUGUAAUUGGACCAAAAAUUUUUAUAACUGAUGAUUGUAAAGCAGAAAGAACAGCAUUACAUAAUAUAUGGAAUGAAGCAAUAUUAUUACUAUAUGAUUGUGUUGCCCUUAUUGAAUAUUUGAAAAAGAUAGUUUUUGCAAAAACUAAAACUAGGCUUGAAGACACACAUAUUAUGUUUAUAUCAAGUCAAGAAUGGGCUAUUGCAUAUCGCCAACACUUACCUGUUCAAAAUAAUCAUACAAAUAAUUUCUCAGAGGCUAGAAUUCAAGUAAUUAAAGAUGCUAUAUUUGUGGUUGCUCAUAAUAAACUUGACAAUUUCAUUGCAUAUCGGUUUCAACUUUUAGGUUGGCAAAUUGGAUCACUAGAUGAUAUUAAAAUUAUAAAUCAUGAAUCAAUGAUAUAUAAGCAUCGAAGUAGCAAAAAUCCUAAUGAUGUAUUAGGAGAAAAAUGUAAAGAACUUAGCUUUUAUGCAAAUCUUCAUCAAGCACAAAUAGAUAAAGAGUCUGUAGUUAAACCUACAAUGUUGACAUAUAAUACUUUAAUUGAAAAUGCAAAUUCUACUGAUAUUGAUAGUGGUGAUAAGAGUACCAAUGAAUCUAGUAUCAAUGAAUCUAGCAAUGAUAGUAAUGAUAGUGAAAAUGAUGAAAAUCUCAAUCAAUUAACUGUAAAUGAAUUUCGUUGGUUUUAUAAUGAUAUAGAAAAUCUUAUUAAAGAAAAUAAUCCUACAUUUAACAAAAGUGUGCACAAGUUUAUUAAAGCCUAUAAAAAAUGCCGUUUGAUACAAGAUACUCAUAUCCGUCCAGCUAUAGCUUCUUUUUUUCAAACUUGUGACUGGAAGGAGAAUCGAGUAAAUAGUAAUAGUCAUCAGCAUGGUAGUAAAAGGAUUAAAGUUCAGGUUGCUUCAGUUGCUAGACGUAAAGGAACUGCAAGUAAAGGUCAAAAAAAGUUACAAGGAAAGCCAAGAACAAGUUCACAAGAAACCACUCAUGAUAUUAAGGAGUUAAAUUAUUACAUUAUGCCUGCACGAUCACGAAGACAGCAAACAAAAUGA